GACGCACUACCGAUUCCAAGAUCCACAAGCAAAAUCCUCAGACUGUGAUGCUCGAAUUUGCAAAGCGAACCACACACCAUCGGGACUCGUAUCCAGAUUCGAGUUCGACCUGCAAAGCUCCGCAACCGAUUUUUAGCACUGGGACGAAUGCGUUUUCCCUCCUAGAUGAGGAAGACGAAGUUGGGUUGAUCAUCACAGGUCACUAGUCCCAACAGCUGCUUAGAGGGUGCCAAAAAGGCU